GGUUCUGCCCUGCUGCUCCAUCAUCACUGAGCCUAGUUUAGUGAACAAAUCAUGAAUCAUCACUGAGGGCCUGAGUCGAAGCUAACAUCACACACGGUAAUAUAGUUUGCGGUGUUACCCACAGUGGUAGUAGAGGAUACUUUCGAGUUAAAUAUCUAAGUUGUUUGCAUCAGCGUUUCGGAGCAGCCUGUCUAUUUAGUGUCUUUGAUAGCUAGCUAACCCUACCAAGCUCAGUGAAACUUGUAAACACUUUUGUAAAAGAUGGCUGACAACGGAGCACACCCCACUGAAGAGGACCCGGCUGCAGCUUUCCUGGCUCAACAGGAGAGUGAGAUAGCGGGGAUAGAAAACGACGGCGAGGGAUUUGGGGAGCUGGAAGAAGCGGGCGACGAGCAGCCGUCCGAGCCGGAGCCGGAGCCGGAGCCUGUAAACUAUGAUGCUUUUGAAGAGGAGCCUGCCACAGUGAACGGGGACAUGUUUCAGGAGUCAAAUGGCCCAACAGACAACUAUGCAGCCAUCGCCCAAGUUGAUAUCCAGAGACAAGAGCCAGAGAGUUUACGCAAGUGGAGGGAGGAACAGAAGACACGCCUGGAGGCAUUAGACACUGCAUCCAAGGCAGCAGAGGCAGAGUGGAAAGAGAAAGCCAAAAAGGAGCUGGAGGACUGGCAUGUACACCAGAGUGAGCAGAUGGAGAAGAACAAGGCCAACAACAGAGCAUCAGAGGAGGCUUUCCUGGCAGAGAGCGAUGGCGAGAGUCCAGGAACUGAAUGGGAGAAAGUAGCCCGUCUCUGUGAUUUUAAUCCGAAAACCAACAAACAGGCAAAGGAUGUUUCUCGAAUGCGUUCGGUCCUCAUCUCCCUCAAACAGACGCCUCUAGUUCGCUAGAGGAGGCAGCAGGGAGAAUUUUCUGUUCUAGAAAACAUUGCCUUUUCAGUUUUUAACCUCACCUUGCAUCAGAGAAGUUUGAAUGCGGUUUUCCAUAAAAUUCCUGGUAUGUUUAUAACCUUAUGAAUCUACACAGUUAUCUUAAUGCCUUCUAUGUUGACAUGAUUUACUUAUCCCAAUCUCUAGUGAGAAGAUGAAGGACUGCUCUAUUGUUACAUCCUUUAGCUGGUCAGUUUGAUCACUGCUAUACUUAAGAAAAUAUUGUUACUGUAAAUUUCCUUCCCCUUUAAUUUAUUAAUUGUUUUUAGGUCAACUUUGUUGCAUGCCUUUUCCAAUGUUUUGAUGCACAACUUUUAGUUGUUUUACUGCUACGCAUUUUGGUCAAUGUCACUUUCUUAAUAAGCACUAUAGCAUAUUAGAUUGUAACCACUUAUGCCUCUCAUCAAUGAAGAAUUAUAGCCUUUGUUCAUAUUUGUUGUAUUAUAUCCCUAAUUACCAUGUUGAACGUAGCUAACACAUCUCAUUCAAAUGCAUAAGCUUGUGGCCUUUUUGAUGUAGCUCUUACUCUAGUGUGAGUAUUCAGCCAGAUGGAUUUCCUCUCUAAUUUGGCCAGAUUCAAAAAGAUAAAAAAUACACAACCAAAGAUUUCAGCCAUCACCUAAAUUGUCAGUGAUCACAUGAUUAAGAGCUUGUGCAGUUUCACAUCUCACAGACUUUCUAAGCAGAUGUUUUUUUUCCUUUUACGUUACAAUGUAUCAUAGAUUCUUUUUUUAAAAAGCAGCAUUUAACAAUGUGUCAAAUUCAACAGUUAUGGCUGCAUAUUUUUUCACAUGUUGCCUAUUUGGACAUUAUGAUCACUGAAAAAGUGAAUGUUAAAAGGGAACUGGGAGAUAAAACGGCCAAGUACUAAUCCCCUAAAGCUAUUUCUUCAUUCAAAUUUCCAAUCUGAGACUUUUGCCAUCAACAUGCCCUGACAGUGAUCACAUGUUCUGAUGAAGUGUCACCAUAUAAAAUAUACUGUACUAUACUGUGUGGCCCAGUGCCUAAAUCCACCCUUACAUGCACUCCGGUAUAUGUUUCAGUAAAAUGAGACAUACAGGAAUUGGCAGAUUAACCCACUACUUAUAACAUUGAAUUGUUAGAAACCACUGACAACAUGGGAUGUCUGAGAGGCAGGCUGCACAUUUUUUACGAGAUGAAUCACACUAAACUGGUCAUUACAAUGCCUUUGCAGGGGUAAGAUGAUUCACAAAGUGCUGUCCUUCCCCAAAUCCAUUUUGAGCACUCCUACUCAAGGCUUUCGACUGACUUUGAUUGUCUUAUGAGUGUUUAAAGUGAACUUUGAGACUGGAUUUUGACUUAUGUCUAAAACCCUCCUCGCAUUUAUAUUUACUCACCCAGGCCAUUAAUAUAGAAACUGUUUUCACAAUGAAUUUUCCCACUGUUUUUUUUAAAUAAAUGAUUAAAUAAAGGCUGUGCAAGGAGUAGAUAUCCCCUGGA